AUGACAACAAAUUCAUUAAAAUGUCUAAUUUUUUAUGCCUUAUUUCUAAGCUCUUUUGCUCGUCCCUCCCAGAAACCCGAGGACCCCUUUAAAACCAAAUUCAUCACCAGUAAAAGUGAAGAAGACGUGGAUUCAGAAGACGAUAUUUCUCUCGAAGAAUCCCAUGAAAUGGUCAGAAUCACAACGACACACGCACCACGUCUUCUAUAUCCCCCAACUCAUCAGAAUUUGCUCUAUUCGAUUUUCCCAACGCUCCAAAAGGAGAAAGACUGGCGAAAGUAUUGUCCAGCGAAUCAAUAUCAAUUCCAAAUCACUUGUCGACCGGGAAAAAAGUUGAGAUAUGAUCUUCAAUUAUUCUGUCAACAAUUUUCGGAUAUGUGUGGAGUGCCGAAUAUUAACUUGUAUCCGAGUAGAUAUCAGACUGCAGAUGAUGAAGGACGACCUGCUGGUUAUGGACAGAAGCAGAAAAAUGGGAAUGUUGGAAUCGGAAGGAGUUGGGCGUUAGGAUUGGGUGUGAUUCCGGGAAUGGAAGUGAGAACCAGUCAAGGAGCGGAUAUUGGAAAUGAGAAGUUGCCAUUCUUUGAUCAGAUCGGUGGAAUGAUGCUGAACUACGGAGGCGAGGUGGGUGUACUCGGACACCGUACCGGAAAGGGACCAGCUCGUUCGAUGAAUGCAUUGGCUCGUGGAUAUCCAUCAUUUGGUUUGGGACCACCGAACAAAGCAGCAGACAGUCAGUUUGGAGAGUCCGUGGCUAAAGCUUUGGGUGUUCCAUCCCUUAAUAAUGUAUUUGGAAAAUUGGCGAAGAAUUCGAAGAAUAAGAAAAUCACUGGUUAUGAACCAGGCUAUGGAGCAGUUAAUCCGCAUGGUCCAUUCGCUAUUGGAAAGACCGAUCUCGACGAUAUCAACCUUCCUGGCGGUUUCGGUGCUGUCGAGGUGAUACGCGGAAGUGGAAUGGGAAUUGGAAAGAAGUAA